GCGAAACUCCGAUCCUCAAUCCACUUCACUCCUUCACUCCACAACCUUCUACUAGUUCACACUUCUCACAACCGCCAAAAUGGUUCGCAUCUUCUCCCUCGUCUCUCUUCUAGUCGCCAGCGCCAUCACCGCCCAAGCCGCCCAAUUCUGCCAGUGCCUCUUCCAGGACGGCUCGCACUGCUGCGUUUACUCGGACCCCGCGAUUGGCAACCUCGACUGCCAGCGCUGGUGCACAAACGCCCACCGCGCCGAUGGUGCGACCAACCCAAACAACCCUCUCGAGGUUGGUACCGCCUGCGCCGCCGGUGGAAAGUACGCCACUGUCAGUGGCUGGAACGCUCAGUUCCGCACCUCUUGCUACAAGCAGUAGAUCAUUAUCCGCUUGAGUCGGCUGCGGCUCUCAAUGGACAACGAGGAGGGGGAUAAUGGUGAAGACGUGGCGACAACCUUUUGUAAUGUCGGGAGAAGUAGAAGUACCAUAGACGA